AAGCCAAUCAGUGCAGCUCUCCUGAAACUUCAGCAUGACUCCACUCCCCUGAUUUAAUUGAGAACAUACUCUGAAGGCGGUGAAGCUGCACGACUUCAGAGAGAGUUUUGUAGGUAAAAAAAAAAAACAACAGAUAUCUUGCAGGAAGAAAAGAAAACAGCUUCCUCACCUCUUUGUGAAACAUGGAGACCGCCACGUCUACCUUACAGCAACCCUUUGGUUACGGCCCACGGGGUUCAAACCCUCCUCAUGGUGCUCAGCAGGCCCAGGGUCCACACUCAGGACCUUCAGCGGCUCCUCGGCCUGAGGAACGGCAGCAGCCCCACCACAAACCUUUCUUCUACAUCCAGCCGUCACAGCCGUACCUGCCCAUGCAGAAUCUGCAGUGGCCUGUGCCGAUGCCCAUGCCUGUGUCCUACAACCCGUACUACGGAUACCCGGGUUUAGGUUACGGGAUGCAGAUGAUGCCUCACUAUCAGCCGAACCCUUACGUGGAGCCUCCCAGCUUCGUUAUGCCUCACACCAACCUCCAUUUAGUGGACUACAGACGGAUCCUCAACCCGCAGCACUACCAGACCAUGGCCUACCACUCCCGCAGGUUCAGGUACCAACACAACAGCCAGACCAGAGAAACCACUACCUCUGAGGUCCAAACAGAGCCCCUGUCUGCCACCCAGAGGACCAGCACGCCGGGUUCCAACAACGCAGAGGCCCCGGGUAGCAACUCAGUCCGGAGAUCUCACAACAACCCGAGCGUCCUCGCUAACAGACCGCUCUCAGCACCUCUGGCUGUGCAGAAGGUGGAUCCUCCUCUGGAGCAGAAGGACGCAGUUCCUCCUUCCACCACCAGGACACCGCCGAACAGCUUUGUGAUCCAGACAGAGGAAGUGAGGAUCGAAUGCUGCACGACACCAGCAGGACUUCAACUCCUGCACUCCCACGAGACCGCAGAGGUAUCUCACCGCUUUUCCCAAGACGUGGUCCAGCGGGGCUCCGCCGUGCAGGGUCGCGUCCUGCAGGAAAAGGCUCCAGACCAGUCGGAGCAGGGACUCCAAGCCUGUCCUGAUAUCUUGUUAGUUAGUAGCAGUGAGAAGAUCCCUGUGCUGGAGGAGGCCAGGAGGCAAACGGAUGCAGUGGCGGUCCCCUCUGACUUUGCUUCGCAUGUAGAGGGUCACGGUAAAUGCCAGGACGCAGGUGCAGAGAGAGAUCUGAAUGUGACCUCAAAGAACUUGCAAUUCAAAGUCGUUCACCUGCCGUUCAAUCCCAAGUACCUGGACGAACUCAGGAAGAUGGAAUCCACCGUCUGGUCCAUGGAGGACACUUUGAUUCCCUCGCCUGACUCGCUGAGUGUCCGCACAGACUCUCUGAGUGAAACCUUGGUCGCUGAAGAUCCCUCAGAUGUCCUGGAGGUGAGAGAGGAGGAUGCAGAGGAGGUCGUCCCCAUGAUUGAGAUGCCUCCUCCUGCAAAAGAUGAUCUGGAGGACAUGGUCCCAACGUUGGAGAUUCCUGGGGAUGUGAUGGAGUCAGACGCUGAUAUGUUCCCUCGUAUGGAUGUUCCUGUUGCAGAGGAAGCUCCUGUGGUAUGCAAAGAAGAGGUCGCUCAUGUUCCUUAUUUGCUGCUGUUGGAUAACUCUCCUCUGAAGGUGGACAAAAGCCAACACAGACGAGACGAUCACCAGGACACUUCUUUUGAAUCUCUUCCCGCGUACCUUCCUUCAACCAGCUGGCUAGCCGACUUCGACAACGUCUACUACUGUGGAAAGAUGCCGCCGACUCCCAAGAAGCACAUCAGACCUCUGGGCAACCACAGUUUGGACGUGCCUUCAAGGAGAAGAAAACUAGAUCUGGAGUACAAGGAUCAGUCCACUACUCGCAAGCCGAAAGAGCGGUACAAACCCAAAGGCAAGGUGGACCGACGCAGCCUCUCUGAUCAUGAGUGCUGCGUCAGCAGGAACUUCAACGAGAAUUCGUUUACUCCGUACGCAUCCAAGAGGGAGCGGCUUUGCUCCAGAUGUCUUGCAAAGCGGAAGAUCUGCACGUCAACCGGUCCAGGGCUGGACGGUCGGACCUUAAAGAGAAAAGCUGCACCUUUCCAGCCGUUGAAUGACGCACUUCAACCGACAUGUGAAGCCUGCAAAGCUCACUCAAAGAAUCAGCUGAUCAGGAAAGAGUCCGGUCAGGACGCACGCGUGCUCCACGCACACGACACCGAGGGGGAAUCCUCUGAGAACGGCUCCAGUCGCCAGAAAUGGAGGCCAGCUGACGACCUGAGGAAGCUCAAUGAUCUGAAGAGACCGCUCGCUUCCAAGCAAAACCAGGAGAAGUGUCCUGCAGUGAUGUACCCGAAGCUGAGGGAGAAGAACUGCGUGUGUAAUGAGCCGCAGCAUCAGCCUGCUCCGUGGGAGCGGCUGAGACACUGCCCGCACGGAAACACCAUCCGGGAAAUGGAUGAGAACUGCGCCGUGCCCCUUUCCCCUCAGGACAAGUGGAGGAGCAUGAAUCAGACUUACCUGACACACAAGUGGCACACUGAGAAGUCGUGGAAAGGACUCCUGCCGUACGCCGACGUCGACGGCUCAAAGAACGACGUCAGAUCACAACACUUGAACAAACACAAGAAAUCACAACCACAAUCACAAGAAAUUCGCAGAAAAGACACGAGGUGCUGAUUUGCACGAGAGCACAAAUCAACCAAGUGAAAAACACUUUUUUAAAAAACAUUAUGAACACUUAAUUUAAAUUAUUUCCACUUCUAUGUGUUGUUUGUUAAAUCACAUUAAUCACUAUUUAUUAACAUCAAAAUAAACACAGAUUUCUGAUA